AUGUCUUCAAGACCGGAUCUAAAGUUUUCUGACGUUGCAGAGGAACGUGGGUUCUACAAGAGGUUCUUACAGCUUCCGCAAAAAUCAGCAAACACCCUAAGGUUAGUUGACAAAUCUGAGUACUACAUUGUGAUUGGAGAUGAUGCCUUAUUUGUUGCCGACCAGGUAUACCAUACGUCUUCCGUCUUGAAAGACUGCAAAAUUGAUCCUAGUACUCUACGUCAAUUCAAUGUACAAGGGCCUCUAAAGUAUGUAACUAUGUCUUUACAAAUCGUUGGUAACCUCUUAAAGAUGGCUCUUAUGGAUUUAGGGAAGAAAGUGGAAGUAUAUGAUAAGACAUGGAAAUUACAGAGGACGGCAUCACCAGGUAAUAUUGAACAAGUCGACGAUCUUAUUGUUGGUUCGUUAGAGACAAACAUCGUUUUAGCAAGCCUGAAGUUCAAUUUUAAUGGCACAGGUGCCACCAAUUACUGCACCAUUGCUGUUUCCUUUAUUGAUAAUACCAACUAUAGGAUUGGUUUAUUUGAUCUACUAGACAACGAGGUGUUUUCAAACUUGGAGAGUUGUUUAAUUCAGUUAGGAAUUAAGGAGUGUCUUAUUCCAGAUUUGCGUGAUAAUCCUACCAUGGAAAAUGACUUGAAGAAGAUUUUGAGCGUGAUUGAUAGAUGCUCAUGUGUUGCAUCCUUCGUUAAGGCCAGUGAUUUCAACGGGAAAGAUGUUGAAUCUGAUUUGGCAAAGCUUUGUGGAAACGAGUUAUCAUUGUCUGUGUCUAAGUUUUCAGCAAAUGCUCUUGGCGCGUGUAACGUGUUAUUACAGUAUCUCAAUAUCAUGAGUGAUGAAACCAAUUUGGGAAACUUUGAAAUUGUAGAACACUCUUUAUCACAGUUUGUCAAGUUAGAUGCCUCCGCGAUUAAGGCGUUAAAUGUCUUCCCCGCAGGGUCACAAAAUACUUCAGCUACGAUGAGUGUUGGAUCGAGCCAAAAAUGCACAAGUCUAUUCCAACUAUUGAACAAGUGUAAAACAAAUGCUGGUGUUAGAUUAUUGAAUGAAUGGUUGAAACAACCUUUAACUGAUAUUGAACAUAUUAAUAAAAGACACGAUCUUGUAGAGUUCUUUAUGGACCAAUUAGAAUUAAGGUCAACUUUACAAGAAGAAUGUCUACCAAGCGUUCCGGAUAUCCGUAGGCUAACGAAAAAGCUAAACAAGAAUGGAAACUUGGAAGAUGUGCUUAAAAUAUACCAGUUCGCACAAACAAUCCCAACUAUCACGGAUUUAUUAAAACAAACUACUGAUGAAUUAGGUUCAGAAAAGAUUCAAACCCUUGUUAGAGAAAUAUUACUCGAGCCACUGCUAUCAAAUGCAGAACCCUUAGAAAAGUUCAAAGAAUUGGUAGAAACGACGGUUGAUUUAGAGGCCUACGAAGAAACAAACGAGUUCAUGAUUAAGGUGGAAUUUAACGAACAAUUAUCGAUUAUUAGAAAACAAUUAGAUCAACUGAAGGGCGACAUCAGAAAAAUUCAUUUAGAAGCGGCAGAUGAUCUUGGAUUUGAUCCUGAAAAGAAACUUAAGUUAGAAAACCACCAUUUACAUGGGUGGUGUAUGAGAUUGACCAGAAAUGAUGCAAAAUCGUUACGUCAACACAAGAAAUAUAUAGAACUAUCGACCGUGAAGGCGGGUAUUUUUUUCUCAACUAGAGACUUAAAACAUAUUGCAGAAGAAACAUCUGAACUACAAAAGAGAUAUGAACAACAACAGGCAUCAUUAGUGAAAGAGAUAGUAUCCAUCACGCUGAGCUAUACGCCUGUGCUCGAAAAGUUAUCUAUAGUCAUAGCCCAGCUUGACAUACUCUGCUCUUUUGCACAAGUAUCGUCGUAUGCCCCAGUUCCUUAUGUUCGUCCAAAGAUGCAUUCUAUGCAUGACCCUAACAGAAAAACAGAGCUUAUAGCAUCGCGUCAUCCAAUAGUUGAAAUGCAAGAUGAUGUUACCUUUAUUUGCAAUGAUGUGAAACUAGUCCAAGAUGAAUCCGAGUUCAUAAUUAUUACUGGUCCUAAUAUGGGUGGUAAAUCAACAUAUAUUAGACAAAUCGGUGUAAUAUGCUUGAUGGCGCAAAUUGGAUGCUUUGUUCCAUGCGAUGAAGCUACAGUUGCCGUAGUGGAUGCUAUAUUAUGCCGUGUCGGUGCAGGUGAUUCCCAAUUAAAAGGUGUAUCGACCUUCAUGAUGGAAAUGUUAGAAACUGCGUCCAUCUUGAAGAAUGCUACCCAAAAUUCCUUAGUUAUCAUCGAUGAAUUAGGAAGAGGAACAAGCACGUAUGAUGGUUUCGGUUUGGCAUGGUCCAUCUCUGAGUACAUUGCAACCAGCAUUAAAUGUUUUGCUUUGUUUGCUACUCACUUCCACGAAUUAACGACCCUUGAGGAUAAAUUAAAGAAUGUCUCUAAUAUGCAUGUAGUAGCUCACAUCGAUGACAAUGGAGCUCACAAUUCCAAUGACAUCACUCUACUUUAUAAAGUCGAACCUGGUAGUUCAGAUCAAUCAUUCGGUAUACAUGUAGCCGAAGUUGUUCAAUUCCCAAACAAAAUUGUAAACAUGGCCAAACGCAAAGCCGCUGAACUAGAAGAGCUGAAAAGUAACAGUGAUUCUCUCAAGAAGCUCAAACUUACAUCAGAUCAAAUAGUAACUGGAACUGACGCACUCAAAAGGAGUUUAAAGAAAUGGUGCGAUUACCUAAAGGAUAACCAACUGACAGAAAGGUUGAGUGAUCCUGCUGUGCAAGAAGAAUGCAUAGACAAAUUAAAGACCCAUAUUGACGACUUAUCCAAGGAGGAAGGUACCAGUCAAACGUUUGUAGAUUGGAUACGUGAGACAUUGCUAUGA